CUCCACAGCUGACUUUGUGGUCGAAAAUCUGAAGGAGACGGAUGUGAACUAGAGGCCAGUUUCAAAGACAUCGAAGAAACCACUCCUAGAAAAUUAGAAAAUUUGAAAGCCUCUGAUCGAUUCAAGAGGAAGGGGUCGGGUUGAAUAUCUGAAGAUGCGUUUGGUGGUCAAGGUGUUGAACCCUGGUUCGAGCUCCUCCGAAGAUAUUAGUGUGGAAGCCGAGGCCGUCGAAUUCGUAGAAGCUCUUAAGACCAAAUUGGAACAGAAGCUGCAACUCAAACCCAAGGAAAACCAACUCAAGCUCGUAUUCAAAGGCAAAACCUUGCAAGAUGGCAAUAGUAUAGGUCACUAUCAGUUAGUGGACGGCUCGAAAUUGCAUUUGAUGCUCAAAAAAGUGUCUUCCAGCGAUCCUCAGACGGUUUCGGUGACCGAGCCACCCGCCAGCAAAACUGCACCGGGUAUCAGUUUGGAUGUUGCAUUACAAAAAGCCCUUCGAAAACAUUUUGCUUCGGAUCAAGACACCAAAAAAGUGGUCCAACAAUUCAAAAAGGAAUUCAACGAAAGCCUCUCUGCAUUAAGCUUGGAUGAUAUCGAGCGGAUAGCCCAACGACUAAACUCUGGCCAAGCUUUAAGUUUUUAAAUCAAAAUGAUUCCUUCAACCUCAUUAACUCGUAUUUGUAAACUAAUAGUGUGUGCAUUAGCUCUACUAAUGAAAGUCUGUGAUACCUCCAACUCCGAAGGUACUUGUUCAAGUGAAACGAACGCGAUCGAUUGCCAAAGUGGUAAUCAACCAGAUGAAAAUAGAUAUGCAGGGUGCGAUUGUUACUCCUAUUUGAUUCAAGACGACUUGGAUCUGUUCGAUCGAAUCAGCUUGGAGGAUGUGAAUAAAGCGCAAAGUGUGGCCAAACAGGCCGUGCGAUAUCAAAUCAUCCAAGGGAAAGUGUAUCGCUCCCCCAAUUGCUUAUUCCCAAUGCGAUGCCUCGGAAUCGAUCAUUUCCUCAAAGGACUGGCUCCAAAAUUGGAUCAUGACAUUGAAUUGAUGAUCAAUACCCACGACUGGCCAUUUAUCCAUAGACGAUUUGAAAAGGACCCUUUGCCGCUAUUUUCGUUUAGCAAGACUAAAGAGUACUACGACAUUUCCUUCCCUGCCUGGACAUUUUGGGCUGGAGGUCCCGCUAUUUCCCUUUAUCCACGAGGUAUCGGCCGAUGGGACCUCCUUCGAGAGAAUCUUUUGAAGACUGCCCAGACUUGGCCAUGGGAGGCCAAGAAGGAAUUCGCAUUUUUUCGAGGAUCUCGAACUUCAGCCGAACGAGACAAUCUGAUUCUCCUGUCCCGAACCAGACCUGACCUGAUCGACGCUCAGUACACAAAAAAUCAAGCUUGGAAGUCCCGUCAGGACACUUUGGAUGCCGAACCAGCUGAAGAAGUGAGCUUCGAGGAUCAUUGCCAAUACCGAUAUCUAUUCAAUUUCCGCGGGGUAGCCGCUUCAUUCCGGUUCAAACAUUUGUUUUUGUGCGGCUCUUUGGUAUUUCACGUGGGACAAGAGUGGAUUGAGUUCUUUUAUCCGGCCAUGAUCCCUUGGUACCAUUACAUUCCGGUGGCCAGUGACGCCUCACAGGAAGAUCUGACCGAUUUACUCCAAUUUGCCCGCGAUAAUCCGGACAUAGCUCAACGUAUCGCCCGACAAGGCCAAGAGUUUGUAGAGCAAAACUUACGCAUGAAAGACAUCGAGUGCUAUUGGGAACAGCUUUUGCGCUUGUACGCGUUAAAAUUGGCGUUCGUACCCAUCAAAAAUGAAGAUUUG